AUGCAGGAGAAACUUGAGUUUGUUGAAGGAAAGGUGGAUUGGAAGGGAAGACAGGCUCUAAAGAAUAAACAUGGAGGAUUAUGGACCUCUUUACUUAUACUAGUCAUGUUUGCUUUGGAAAGCCUGGCAACUAUUUCUCUGGCAGUGAACUUCGUGACAUACUUCAAUGGAGUGAUGCACUUCCAAAUAGCAGAUGCAGCUAAUAUGGUAACCAACUACAUGGGUGUCAGCUACAUCCUCAGUAUUGUGGCUGCUGUCCUUGCUGACACACUCUUUGGAAGGCACAGAACUGCUGUGAUUUCAGGAUGUCUCGAGUUGAUGGGACUAUCACUGCUUGCUUUUCAAGCUCACUAUGCCAGGCUCAAGCCACCUCCAUGCAACAUCUUAGAUCCAACUGCUCACUGCGAGAAAGUAGGAGGCGGCAAUGCAGUGCUUCUCUUUGUUGCACUAUUCGUGCUUGCCGCUGGCUCUUCAGGCAUCAAAGCUUCCGUGCCAUCGCAUGGUGCUGAUCAGUUCGACGAGAAAGACCCGAAAGAGUUGAUUCAGAUGUCCAGCUACUUCAACUUUGUCUUGCUAGCAGUGUGCCUUGGUGCUGCAGUUAGCUUAACAGUUUUUGUGUGGAUACAAGACAACAAAGGAUGGGACUGGGGAUUUGGAGUUGGUGCUAUUUCCAUGUUGUUGGCUGUGAUCAUUUUUAUUGCUGGAUUGCCUAUGCACCGGAUACAUGUUGUUCAAGGAUCUAGCACGGUGGUUGAAAUUUUGCAGGUGUAUGUUGCCGCAUUUCGUAACCGAAAGCUUCAACUUCCAGAAGAUCCUUUAGACCUCUAUGAGAUUAACAAGGACAAGGAAGCUGCUAUCGAAGCAGAAUUUCUACCCCACAGAGAUACUUUGAGAUUCCUAGAUAAAGCUGCAAUCCAAACAUCUACAGAGAAGUUUUCAGAAGCUCCAAAUCCAUGGAAACUAUGCAGGGUCACACAAGUAGAAAAUGCAAAAAUUUUACUUAGCGUAUUGCCGGUCUUUAGUUGCACCAUUAUCAUGACCCUUUGCCUAGCUCAACUCCAAACUUUCUCAAUUCAACAAGGACUCACCAUGGACACCAGCAUUACCAAAUCUUUCAACGUCCCCCCAGCUUCUUUACCAAUCAUUCCAGUCAUAUUCCUGAUUAUCUUAGUCCCAAUAUAUGAUCGCUUAGUCGUGCCAUUUGCACGUAAGUUCACAGGCCUCCCCACAGGUAUAACUCACCUUCAACGUAUAGGGGUUGGUCUAAUUCUCUCGUCUAUAUCCAUGGCCUCGGCUGCAUUAAUGGAAGUGAAGCGUAAAGACGUAGCGAGAGACCAUAACAUGCUAGAUGCUAUCCCUGUGUUACAGCCAUUGCCCAUCAGUACUUUCUGGAUAUCAAUUCAGUUCUUCAUAUUCGGCAUUGCAGACAUGUUCACGUAUGUGGGACUUCUUGAGUUUUUCUACUCAGAGGCACCAAAAGGGCUCAAGUCCAUCUCUAGUUGCUUUCUAUGGAGCUCUAUGGCACUUGGAUAUUUUCUCAGCACCAUAUUGGUUAAUAUAGUGAAUGGUGUCACCAAGGGAAGUACUAAAAGUGGAGGGUGGUUAGCAGGCAAUAAUAUUAACAGGAAUAAUUUGAACCUCUUCUACUGGUUGCUCUCUAUAUUAAGCUUCAUUAAUUUCUGUGCCUAUUUGUUUGUUGCUAGAAGAUACAAGUACAAGCCUCAGAACGCUAGUCUGCCUUCAAAUGAGAACAGAGAGGCUCCUGCCUACCAAGAAGAUAGAAGAGAGAAUUAA